AUGGCUCGACUUUGUCGGAGGCUACAGCAUCUUGAGAGCUCUGAGGAGGCGAGAGGAAGUGCACCGCUGUCUUCUGCCCAGCCUGGGGCUCGGGCCGGCUCCUGGACCAAGCUGCUUUCCCGGCUCCUCGCCCGGCUCCCCAGCUUGAUCCAGAAGCUGCUGAUGUGGGGCCAGCUUUUCGGUGGCUUCAUUCCGACCAGAUGGCUCGACUUUGUCGGAGGCUACAGCAUCUUGAGAGCUCUGAGGAGGCGAGAGGAAGUGGCCGCCCCCCCUGCGCAGAAAAAGUCCGAGAGCGCGCGGUCCCUGGACCUUUGCGACGGCUCGGGCACCAGCGCCUUCGAUUGGCUGGAGGAGGGGGUCCCCUGGCAGUGUGCGGCCUCGGACCUGGGGCUGGCGCUCGAAGCCAAGACGAGGGCCUCGGACCCUUCGGCCCGUGCCUUCUUCCCAGGGCAGCCGCUGUGGGGUGUGGAGCUGUGGCCCAGGGGCCUACGGGCCCGUCUGUGCCCCGGCCCUCCGAGCGGCCCGCGCGUGGGCAGCUUCGGCGUGGUCUCCUACCUGCUGCACCCCUCCUGCCUGGACUGCCUCGGGGGCCCGGAGCUCCGCUGCCACCCGCAGCCUCUGUCCGCAGAGAUCUCCGCGGCCUCGUGGCGGGGAUACCCCCCUCUCUCCAGAGAAGGCCUCCCCGAAAUCCACCACGUUCGCACGAAACGGCUGGAAUUCCUUCAGCAGACCGGCAAGGGGCAAGAGUUACCCACGCCCGACCAGGACAAUGGCUACCACAGCCUGGAGGAGGAGCACGGCCUUCUCCGCGCCGACGUGAAGCCCUGCCCGGCUGCUCCCGGGCCUGCGGGCGUCCCCGGAAGCGGCCAGGAGCCAGCGGGGGAGAAGGUACCGACUGAGGGGGCUCCGCUCGCUCUGGAAAGAGCCGGCCCUUCGGGAAGCUCGCCGCGAGUCGGGGACCCUGCCGAAGAAGAGCCCGGGGAGGACCGAGCCAGUGCAGGGGACUCCUCUGACGUAGAAGACGACCGUCCCCUCUCCUCCAGACCGGCUUGUGCUAACAGAUUGAUCGACUUCAUUUUGGGAGGUGCGGCCAGUGACCUGGAAGCCGGCUCAGAUUCGGAAGGGGAAGGCUGGGGAGAGGAUGCCGAGGAUGAUGGUUUCGAUAGUGAGGGCUCGCUGUCCGAUUCGGACCCCGAAGGAGACGCCGAGGGACUUCAGCUCUGGAGUGCCUUCCACAGUGUAGAUCCUUAUAAUCCCCAGAACUUUACAGCCACGAUUCAGACUGCUCCCAGAACUGUGCCUGGAGAACCUUCCGGUUCGGGGAAAGAUUUGUCUGACAAGCCUGAUCUGGAGAAUUCUCCCCAGGCUGGAGUGGUUCCAGAGACCCCUGACUGGGAUUCUGAGGAGGAAGGUGACUGGGAAUCCAGUGCCGAUGAGGCAGAGAGUCUCAAGCUGUGGAACUCUUUCUGUAAUUCUGAUGACCCGUACAACCUUUUAAAUUUUACGGCUCCCUUUCAAACAUCAGGAAAAGAUUUGAAAGACAGCCUUGCCUCAGAAAGACCAGCUGAGUCCUUGGUGGCCAUUUCUGAGUGUCAUGGCUUACUUUCUUGUAAAGUGCAACUCUUAGAGCACCAAGAAGUUGAAAGUUCAGACUUGUUACAGCAGCAGACUGUCUCUGUUGAAAAACACACAUCCAUCAAACGAAAAAAGGUAACCUUCCUUGAAGAAGUUACUGAGUAUUAUGUAAGUGGUGAUGAGGAUCGCAAAGGACCAUGGGAAGAAUUUGCAAGGGAUGCGUGCAGGUUCCGGAAACGAAUUCAAGAAACAGAAGAUGCUAUUGGCCAUUGCUUGACAUUUGAGCACAGAGAAAGAAUGUUUAAUAGACUCCAGGCAACAUGCUUCAAGAACUUAAAUGUUUUCCAGCAAUGUUGAAUUGACAGCCUGUCAUCCUACCGAAUGUCACCUCUUUCUUGAGAGGUUUCUUUUAAAAAUAAAUAUUGACAGCUGUCCUUUGACCUUUUUUUUUUUUUUCUUUUUUUUUUAAGAGAAAAUUUCACCCUAAUCCAAUGAUCUGUCUACUUUAGUAUUUUUUUGGUAACAUAUCCCACAUACAAACUACAGGUUUGAACCCAUCCCUGACAAUGAAGGAUGUGACUUUUAAUCCUCUUUUUUGAUUUAGUUAGAUGUAUUUUAAAUGUCCUUUCCUUGCUUGAGAUGAAAAGGGGACCUUUUGAGUUGUUAGUUUUGCACUUUCAAAACUUGUUUUCUUGGGAACAAUAUUUAUGGGGCUUAAGGCCCAUUUUCAGUUCCAGUUUAAAUUAUGUAUAUCUGUGUAAAAAUUUUGGCUUUUUCCCCCCAACAUUCUGCAAUUAGUAAGCUGUUAUUUUUCUGUAUUUUUUUUUUUUUAAUUUCAGUGAUUCAGCCUGUCUCCCUUUAGGCUAAAAUAUAGUCGUGUGUAUGUUGCCAACUUAAAGUAUAUUAUCUUGUGUCAGUCUAAGACUGAUUUUUGUUGAAAUUAUAUUGCGAAUUUCUUUUCUGCAUUAAGUUGUCCUUAGACUUCCAAGGUCUGCUGCAGUGUCCACACGUGCAGCGCUCUCUGGGAGUUUGGGGAGACUGCAUCUUUCUGCCAAGUUUUAAAUAUCAGAUAUAUCUGAUUUCUGUGCAAGCUGCUCUAUGGAGAGGGUUCUGAACAUGUAGUUCAUGAGUGAAUGUAGCUUUUUGUAUCUUUCAAUGGGCAGGAAUUGUAAAACACUCUAGAAAAAGUAAUCUUUGUAGCAUAGGCAUUUGUUGUUAAAACUGAAAGGCCUGGAACUUUCCUAAGAGGAAGAUAGGAGACAGUGAGAGUAGUUUGGUUUUGCUGUCUGUGUGCAACAGAAAACCAGUGUUAUUAACGUGCCUCAGCACUGUCACUUUUCAAACCUGUCAGGGUGGCGCUGUAAACUUGGAAGGGGGCGGUUCUGGAUUUUCAAGUUUGAAA